AUGUCCACAAACGGCACAACAAACGGUACGAGAAAGUCUAUCCGGGCUCCCAACCCUCCUGUUCAAGACAGCGUCUUCAAGCAAUUCCGCCUUGAUGGACGCACCGUCAUCAUCACAGGUGGAGCAGGCGGCAUUGGUCACGAGAUCGCCAAGGGUCUCGCCGAAGCCGGCGCCAACAUCGCUAUUUGGUACCACACAUCCUCAAAGGCAGCCAACUCACUCACCGAGGCCCUCAUCAAGGACUUUGGCGUGAAGUCAAAGUCCUACCAGGUUGAUGUCCGCAACUACGCUGCCGUCGAGGCCGCUGUAGCGGAGGCUGUCAAGGACUUUGGCCGUCUGGAUGUCAUGAUCGCAAAUGCUGGCGUGCCCUCCAAGGCAGGUGGUCUCGACGACAAGGUCGAGGACUGGGACCACGUCCGCGCAGUGGACUUUGACGGCGCGUACUACUGCAUGAGGGCGGCUGGCCUGGUAUUCCGCGAGCAGAAGAGUGGCGUCGGAAUCAUCACGGCGUCCAUGAGCGGCCACGCCGCGAAUGUCCCGCAGGAGCAGAGCUGCUACAACGCAUGCAAAGCCGGAACCAUUCACCUGGCCAAGUCUCUGGCUGUCGAGUGGGCUAAGUGGGGAGGCCGCAUCAACUCCGUCUCCCCCGGUUACAUUGAUACGGCCAUCUCGGGUGACUGCCCAUUCGAGAUGAAGGAGGAGUGGUUCAGCCUGACGCCGCUGCGCAGGGAUGCUGAUCCGAGGGAGUUGAAGGGCAUCUACCUGUAUCUCGCCAGUGAUGCUAGCUCUUACACUACGGGGGCUGACUUUAUCAUCGAUGGUGGCUACACUGCUCGGUAG